AUGAACGAUAUAAUCACCUUCAGCAAUGAUCAGGCAGUAUUUGGUGCGGAUCUUGGAUACAUCCGGUCAACUCUGACUCAGCAUUUUUCCGAUACACGGCACCAUGUUACUAAUCCGGCUUACAAAGGUCGAGCUCGCCAAUUCAUCUACGAUGAAUUCCAUAAACACGGACUGGAUACAAAUAACCACGAUUUCACCUAUCUUGGGGUUUCCUACACGAAUGUCAUAGGGGUGCUUAAAGGCGAAAAGUUUGGAAAGUAUGAGGAUAAAAUUGUCGGUGUUGGAGCGCACUAUGAUACUGUAAAUAUCACAAUAGGGGUUGACGAUAAUGGAUCCGGUGUGACGGCAAUGUUAGAGUCUCUCAGACAGAUCGGUGCGGGAAACAAAGGUGGCAAACGCCGCAAUAAUACCAUUAUCUUUAUGGCAUUCGACCACGAGGAAUAUGACAGUCUGGAUAAUGGACUCAUCGGUAGCAAGAUUGCAAUUGAAAAAUGGUUACUGCCCUGGCUAACGCAGAACUAUGGGCAACAUUUGGAGACACUAAAGCCACACGGAAUUAUCGUUCUUGAUACAGUCAUGAACUACAACUCUUCCGCACAAUCACAGAUCAUCCCCCAGAGGCUGUACCUUUUUGAACCUCAACCUGAAUUCGAAAUAGAAAAGUUUGGGAUUGAUACCCAGGAUGUGACUGGCGACGCUCAAAUAGUGUUUAACAACUUCUUCCGCGGUGAUCACGUCAACUUCUGGCUAAAUGACAUACCAGCUAUCUUCAUCACGGACUCUGCUAAUUUUCGCGGUCAGAUGCAGCAGUGCUACCACAAUGCAUGUGACAAUAUGGCCAACAUGCUCACCGAUAACAAUGUCCGAUUCCUCGGCAAAACUGUGGAUACCAUUGCCGCAACCCUGGACAAACUGUCCGAGGCGUACAACACAAACCCGAGUUCGGCAUCAUGUAAUCGUGACUUCAUUUCCAUUUUGUGGAUUUCGAUUGGACUUAUGCUGGUGAUGAUUUAA